AUGUUAGUCCGGCAAGGGAAGGUAUCUUUGGUUGUGGAGGCUCAGUUGGUUAUGGUUUGUGUUAAGUGUCGUAUGUUUGAUGAUGCUGGAAAAGCUAAGACUAAUUACUACAACGCUCAGAAUGAUAGGAGAGGAAGAGGCCAUGGAGUUGGUAAACCUUACAACAAGGACAAAGGAAAGAAGAGAGAUUCUGGUGGGGGCUCUAAGCCAAGUUUGGCGGAUGUCAGGUGCUAUAGGUGUGGAACCUUGGGUCAUUAUGCCAAUGAUUGUAAGAAUGAUUUAAGUUGUCACAAGUGUGGAAAAGCGGGUCACAAGGCGGCUGAUUGCAAAAGUGUUGCAAGAGAGAUUACUUGUUACAAUUGUGGAGAGAAAGGUGAUAUUAGUACUAAGUGUACCAAGCCGAAGAAGGCGGCGGAAAAAAUGUUUGCUUUUAAUGCGGAGGAAGUGGAGCAGCCAGAUAAUCUUAUCUGA